AUGAGACCGUUGACGCUGUUAAUUGUCGUCAUCGCAUGUGGAAUAUCCGUUCAGAAAGAAUCGAACAAAGGCGAACCGUCUAUAGCCAUCGUCGGCGCUGGCAUGAGCGGUUUGUCAGCAGCUCGCCGACUGAUUGAAGAUGGUACGACUAACAUCGAUAUUUACGAGGGACUGAACCGCAUUGGAGGACGUGUACAUCCGAUACCCUAUUAUGGCGGAUACCUACAGAUGGGGGCCCAGUACAUCAACGGAGCGUUCAAUCCACUGUACAAGAUCGCUGCCGAGCUGGGAGUGAUCUCGGGAAUUGUUUCCGACACAGCACAUCUGCAAAACCCGGAAUUCCUCCUGGGUACCCAGGCCAUACCCAGAAAAGACAUCGAGUUGUUCAUGAACUUCGUUGAGCCAUUGGAUCCGAAGUACCGCCAACUUGCAAAACAGCACGACCUACUCUCACGAAUCUACACAAUGAAGACUAUUUUCAUGGAAGACUACUCAAGAUUUCUCAAGAAAAACAACAUAAAAGGAGCAAGAAAGAAGGUAUUCGAUGCACUUACACGCUCCUACAGAUCUUACUGGGAAUUCGAAUGGGCCGCUGAUUGGUCGGACUUGAGCCCUCGAGUAUUGACUGAAUUCAACGAUCGUGGUACAGAAGGAGAAUCUUUUCUCACGAAUAAAUUCGGAUACAAGGCAAUCUUGGAUCACCUACGAUUGCCAAUAGCGGAUAACAUGAUCCACUUCAACACAACUGUCACAAAAAUUGAUCAUUCUCAAGAAAAAAUCACACUGACGACCUCUAAUGGUGAAAUUCCCAAAAAGUACGACUACGUGAUAGUCACUUCAUCCUUGGGCCACCUUAAAAAAUUCCACCGUCAACUCUUCAAACCGCCUCUUCCUCGUCAGAAAAUCGAAGCUAUAGAAAAAAUUGGUUUUGGAGGAUCUUGCAAGAUUUUCUUCCGAUGGGAACAACCUUGGUGGAACAACGAGACCUAUUCAAUGAUACCGCUACCAGUUGAGGGAAUGGCACGUGAAGGCGUCGAUGCUUUUGAAAGGGAGCUCACUACGUUGCAUGUCACGGAUUGGGAACCGAAUACCUUAACAGCGUGGGUGGCAGGUGCUGGGCAAGCAGUUAUGGAUAACAUGACUGAUCAAGAACUCAAAGACCGUAUCACAAAGCUUAUCCGAGAUAUGAAGAAUGACCAAACCAUACAACCACCAAGCGAGAUUAUUAGGACGAAACUGACGAAGAAUGAUCUACUGCUGGGAUCGUACUCGUACAUAAGUCUUGCACAAGCACGAGCUAAAAUCUCACAUUCAAAGCUUUCGAUCCCAAUAAAGCAGAAAAAUCGACCAAGAGUGCUCUUCGCUGGAGAAGCAACUCAUCAUAGGCUCUUCCAAACAGCUAUCGGUGCCUAUCUGAGUGGUCGGAGAGAAGCGGAUCGAAUUUUGCUUGAUUGGCAGACUCGCAGAUCUUUCUUGAGCACCAACAGGCACGACCCAGCAACCAGAUUAGGACUCAAAGAAACAAGGACUGCCACUGUUCAAGAGAACUAUUCCAUAUACAACAAGGAUGUUGUUCAUCCUAACCCAGUCAUUCUAUGUACCCGUGAUCUUCGUAGCGCUUUGAUCAAUCACCCGUAA